UCAACUAAUGGUCAAUACGAGCCAUUCAACAUACCAGCGUCUCCCUCCCAUUCCAACACCAAGUAGCUCUUAACGGUUGCGGUUCCCGCCGCACCGUAUUAUACCGCCUCACCUUCGCCCAACUCAUCGGUCGAGAGCUUCCAAACGACCAGCAAUCUAGGCUACUUCCGCCCCAAUCCCCAAACUCAUAAGGAACCAAUCAACGUCCGACCAUGUCCGGCGAAAACAGCGAGCGGCCCGACAGGCCAGUCUCGGUCUCUUCAUCAUCGGCAGAGACGGCGAUUCCGGAAGACAACGAGAAGCUCGCCGCCCGUCUCGAUCACAGAGACCACAACCUGGAGGAGCUCAAGUCGCCUGAUGAUAUGGAGAUUGGAGAUGACCAUGAGGACGACGGGCUUCUACCGCAGCAGGACGAGAAGCCCAAGCCGCCAAAGAGCACCUUCGCCUCGUCGCUGACCUGGAUGGUGGUCAACACUCUCGCCACCAUUGGAAUCGUAUUCACAAACAAGGCCAUCUUCUCAGAACCUUCUCUCAAGCUGGCCCAGCUCACCUUCGCCGCCUUCCACUUCUUCAUCACAUGGCUCACCUUAUUUACCAUUUCGCGGCCUCGCUUCGGCUUCUUUGUGCCCCGGAGGACCUCGAUCCGCGACAUGAUCCCCCUCUCGGUGGCCAUGUCUCUCAACGUCAUCUUGCCUAAUCUUUCCCUCGCCUUCUCCACCGUCACCUUCUACCAGGUCGCCCGCAUUCUCCUCACGCCCACCGUCGCGCUCAUGAAUUUCGUCCUCUACGGGGCGACUCUCCCGAGAGACGCCGUCUUUGCCCUGGUCCCCGCCUGUGCCGGCGUCGGCAUGGUGUCGUACUAUGAUUCGCUGCCCAGCGGCGACGCCAACGUCAAGACCACUUCCGGCCUGGGCGUCAUCUUCGCCUUUUCCGGCAUCUUCGCGUCCUCGCUGUACACCGUCUGGAUCGCCAGCUACCACCGGAAACUCAAGCUGACAAGCAUGCAGCUGCUCUUCAACCAGGCGCCCAUCUCGGCCUUCCUCCUGCUUUACGUCAUCCCCUUCGUCGACACCUUCCCCGUCUGGACCGAGGUUCCGGUCAACCGCUGGGUCAUGAUCCUCAUGUCAGGCCUGUUCGCGUCCAUGAUCAACAUCUCGCAGUUCUUCAUCAUCGCCCAGACCGGUCCUGUCUCUAGCACCGUAGUCGGCCACGUGAAGACCUGCACCAUCGUGGGGCUUGGCUGGAUGACAUCUGGCAGGGCCAUUGGAGACAAGUCAGUCCUUGGCGUCUUCGUUGCCAUUGGCGGUAUCAUUGGCUAUUCCAUGAUCAUGCUCAGGGAAAAGGCACGCCAGGCGAGGAAAUGAGAAAAGCAUUUCUAUUUGCCGAGUACGCUGGCCCUGAUGUAUAGACACAGUCUAUACCUCUAGUUUAUGUAUUUUAUUUUGGAGUCUUGGAAUAGGGGUAGGCGAACGGCGUUUGGUCGAGCACGGGGUCAAAGCUUCCUCAGGGACG